CUUCCUAGCUUUCCAAAUGGCUUGCUCCCCUCAUUGUAAUUGCCCCACCAUUUUCUUCUCCUCCACCAACACCAUCUUAUUGUAAGCUCUCAGCAAUGGAAGCCAAGCUUGAGAGGAAGAGAACUUCAAUUGAGAAGGUAAGGAAGGAUAACAACGUAGUUGAAGAAGAAGAAGUAGAGGAUGAGGUAGAAGAGGAAGAGGAAAGUGGCGGUGGAGGUGAUGGUGGUGUCGCAGAAGAGCAGAAGAGGAAAGGUGUCAUGGGAAGUGGAAGAAGAGGGUCAAGUGGAAGUGGUGGAGUUUCUCCACCUUGUUGUCAGGCAGAGAGGUGUGGAGCUGAUCUGAGUGAUGCAAAGCGUUACCAUCGCCGCCACAGGGUGUGCGAGUUCCACUCCAAGGCAGCAGCUGUAAUGGUUGCAGGGCUAAGGCAGAGGUUUUGCCAGCAAUGUAGCAGGUUCCAUGACUUGGGGGAAUUUGAUGAAGCUAAGAGAAGCUGCCGGAGGCGCUUGGCUGGGCACAACGAACGUCGCCGCAAAAGCACUGGUGAAAUUUACAAUGAGAGCUGCAGCCGUGGCAAAGGUCACCACACAAAGGAGAGCCAUUGCAGGCAUGCUGAUGAUAGAGGACGAGUCCAAGUGAGCACUCCUGGGAGUUCUGGCUACAAAUCUUUUCACAUAAAAUAAAUCCUUAACUAUAUAAGAGGCUCUCUCUCUUCUGUCAUCCUCUAGUUUCUCAUGUGCCAAGGCAUACAUAGAAUAUUUGCAUGUUAUCAGAAUAAGCCAAAGAGAACAAUCCAAUGUCGAGAGAGGGUGACUUCUGAGUUUAGUUAUUACUACGUGAAUUAGGCAGAAUAAGCCCAAGAGAACAAUCCAUUGUCUAGAGUAUGUGACUUCUGUUUGUGUGCUUCUCUUCUGUUUGUGUGCCUUAGCUAGGCGUCCUGUGAGAACACCCUUGAAUGGAGUCCUCGGACUUGCAUGGGCAAAGAGGACGUCCCCCUUUCAAUUAUUUUCAUACCAAUAUUAUGUUCUAUUCUAUGUUAUGAGAAUAAACUGUCCAGAAGGGAGUUAUUAGCCCGGUCGUUUAAGAAAA